CCAGGCUGCCAGGCCAGCUUUUACUUGCAAAGACCACUGUGUAACCCCAAUAGUGCGUUUCCUAAAGGUGUGUGAUGCUCCCUAAGGAAUCUCUCCCUGCUCUGGGUCACAAGCGCUUGGGUAAGGGCAGAGGAGGGCAGCAGAGCUGGAUUGACUUCCCAUCGGGAGGGAGGAGUUCCUCUCUGCUCCAGGGCGGGGACAUCGCCAUCCAGGAUAAGCCCCGAGCACAGCUCUCCCAUCCCUGCCAAGGCAGCCGCUGGGGACAUCAGUUGUCAACUGCCUGGAGACUCAGACAGUAACAGCCUGACCCCAUCUGAGAGCCAUGGCAACAGUCAAGGGGGUCUCAAGUUUCAGUGCUGAGCAAGAAGCACAGGCUCUAAGGAAGGCUAUGAAGGGAUUUGGCACAGACGAAGAUGCCAUCAUUGACACCUUGACCAAACUAAACAUUUCCCAGCGUCAGCAAGUUCUGAUCACGUAUAAAAGCACUAUUGGCAGGGAUCUGAUUGAUGACUUGAAGUCUGAGCUGAGUGGGAACUUUGAAAGGGUCAUUGUUGGUAUGAUGACUCCUGCCAUCAUGUACGACGUGCAUGAACUGAGGAGGGCUAUCAAGGGAGCAGGAACAGAUGAAGGUUGUCUGAUUGAAAUCCUGGCUUCUCGCUCCAAUGAAGAUAUUCGGCGCAUUAAUGAGAACUACCAACUUGAGUAUGGCCGUACCCUUGAGGAGGACAUUGUCUCUGACACAUCUUCCAUGUUUCGAAGAGUCCUCGUGUCCCUCUCGACUGGCAACAGAGAUGAGGGAACCUAUGUGGAUGAUGCCCUUGCUCAACAAGAUGCUCAGUGCCUGUAUGAAGCUGGGGAGCAGAAAUGGGGAACAGAUGAGGUACAAUUCAUGGCCAUCCUCUGUACACGGAACAGAAACCACCUACUGAGAGUUUUUGAUGCCUACAGACGAAUUGCUAAUAAGGACAUAACAGAGAGCAUUAAAUCUGAGAUGUCAGGAGACCUGGAAGAUGCUUUGUUGGCUGUGGUGAAGUGCAUACGGAAUAAACCUGCAUAUUUUGCUGAAAGACUGUAUAAAUCCAUGAAGGGCUUGGGAACAGAUGACAACACGCUGAUCCGGGUGAUGGUGUCCCGCUCGGAAAUAGAUAUGCUGGAUAUCAGAAGGGAAUUCCUGACCAUGUAUGGGAAAUCCCUCUACUCCUUCAUUAAGGGAGACUGCUCAGGAGACUAUAGGAAAGUGCUGCUCAGGCUCUGUGGUGGGGAGGAUUAAAGGAUGCCUGGUUACUGUCUGGGUGAUGGGAAGUAACUGAUCCUAAGGAUUUCUUUCUUUGAAUUUUUUCCCAAAUACCCUAUUAAUUGCAAUGAGCAUUGACUUGGGUUAAUGUUCUGGUUAGAUAAUGGCCAUUCCAGUUGACCCUUUCGAUGUGCUUUUAUGCUUGGAACACCCAUUUGCCUACUACUUGGGCUAAUAAAGCCCAUCUUAAACAGAAUGCUGUAACCCUACAUAUGAAAGCUAAAUCAUUUCCUGACAAGCUGUCCCUUUGCUACUGCAAAACUUAUCAACUGAGGCAAACUUGGAUGCAGGAUGUGAGAGGCAAAAUGAACCUCACUAAUGGAGAGUGCAGAAUGCUUCAGUUCUUGCAAGAUAAUUAAACCACAACUCAAUCAUCUAAAAUACAAGCAUGUUUAGGUGUUAACUUGCCCUGUUAGUGUGGAGCAUUAUGCACUUAAUGUAUAUAUUGCCUAUAGAUCUGUAGGAAAGGAAGAUGUCACAGGUGACAUCAGAGGAAUCUCUUGCUGCCCUGGUUAUGCAGCAGCCCCAUGUUCUUGGCCUGUCUUCCUUGGUAUAAAUCAUGAGGGUUCUGUUACAGACCCUUCCUCUGGAUAAAGUGGUGCCAUUAGAAUGGUGCCUUUUAAGGACCAGCCUGUCCUCAGAAACCCCAUCAGCACUCCCUGGUGCCUUAGAGGAGGUGCCUUGUCCUGGCUGGAGCCCUGUGUGAUGCUGUUCUUAGAGGGUGCCGGUUUGUAUCUCCAGGCCAACCUCUGGAAGAGGCUUUUCCCUCAGCCCCUACGAACCUGCCUGUUAAGCUGAGCAUUGUUUUCACUACAAAAAUGUGCUGCUUGUUUGGCUUAGCAACUCAAAUAGCUCUUAAAUAACCCCAUUCUGAAGGCAUCAGACAGUGGUUGGAAUUCAAAGGUACUGAUACAGCCUUACACCCAAUUUGGACACUCAUUUUCUUCUAACCUAGGCUACUGUUGGCUUGAGUAGGAGACACUGCUGUGGCCUCAGCUAAAAUCCUUUUCUUCCUUUCUGUGCUGCAACUGGAGACACAUUCCUUAGGUUUGGUGAGAAUGGAGGCAGAGCUUCUUCCAAUGGAACUUUGCCCAGUGCCACUGAAGCUCAGUGAAAGAAUUGUCUUACCCAGUGCUUACUCAGAUGCACUCAGGCUUGGGUUUGUGUUUAAAUGCCUUAUGUUACGUUGCUGACUUUUUAAUAAUGAAUAAAUGAUUUGUUUCCA